GUGGGAUCACCGAGGAUCACCGAGCAGAAACACUACUGAUUCUCCUCCUUCGGCUCCCCUCUCAUUCGAAACCAUCGAGGAAGUUGAGCAAUGUGGCAAAGCACCAACCCCAAAUUGGAGAUGGAAAGCCCGCAGUGGAAACCGGAUAAUCACCGCAGCCUCUUCUGCGAUGUCUGUGGCUGCGAAGAUUUCGGAGGCGGCGAUGACGGCUUCUUUUACUGCUCACAGUGCGGUUCUCAGAGCCAGAACGUCGCCGACACCCAGGCCGAUGCAGAUGAUAUCUACGGGGGCGAUGGCGGCGUCGGAGCCAUCUACAGCAUCUUCCACCACCGUGCAAAAGGCCGAUCAUCCCGAUCUCCUUCGAAGCCCAAUUUUAAGCUUCCUUCGAAGGAGGAGGUCCUCCGAUCUCUCACCCAAGCAGCUGCCGAUUCACACAAGAAGGAAUCCGUGGCGAGCCUCUAUGGGUUCGAGGACGGAUCUUCGUCUCCGCAGGAUUUUGGUUCCGUGGAUUGCAGGGAUACGGAGAGGGCUGCGGGCGAGACAAGGCUUCGGUACGUGCAGGGAUUGCAAUUGAUGCUGCAGCUGCAGUGCGAGGCCUUGGUGGAGAAGUUUGGCGUUAGCCCUUUGAUUUGCGGAAUGGCUAUGCCAAUCUGGUUAAGGUAUGUGGCGGUUUCUAGGGUUUUUGAUGAUGGUUGGUUUGAGAAGAUGGUUAGCGAGGCUGAGGCAGCGGCCUCAGCAAAGUUCAAUGAAAAAAACGGUGGGAAUGAGAAACAGGAAACUCAAAACGAAAUCCAGUCUAAUUUAAGGACGGGACAACGAAAAACUUUUGGACAGAAAGUGAUAUCUAUUUCGUUCCGUUCAUUAAGAAAGUUGAUACCUGUACAUUCUACAUUGGUAAUUUCUUUUCUAUCCUGCCAUCUUGCACGAGAGGCAGUUCUGCCUACAGAUAUAUAUCAAUGGGUAUCAGAGGCAAAGCUUCCUUACCUGUCUGCAUUUGCUGAGUUGGGACAGGGCCUUGGUCCUCCUAAAUUUUGCCCUUUGAGUGCCAGACUUAUGUUCAGGCCCAUUCGAGUUAUCAGUGCAUCAUUGUUAGAAGCGACCUCCGCCUCUAUUGCUCAGAGUAUUGGCCUUAGAACCCCUUCGGUGAACUUUUAUUCCAUAGCUCAGCGUUAUCUCAAAGCACUUUCUUUGCCUGCAGCUAAGAUCCUUCCUCAUGCAUGCCGCCUAUAUGAAUGGUCUCUUCCAUCUGAGUUAUGGUUGUCUAGUUGUCAUCAUGCACUUCCUACUCGGGUUUAUGUGAUGGCAAUAUUAAUUGUGGCCAUAAGAAUUUUGUAUAAUAUUCAAGGCCAUGGAAUAUGGGAGACAAGUCUAUCUGACAUGAGGAACUCAACUUCACUUGGACAUAAACACCUGGGUGCUGCACAGGAGGAUGUUGCCAGAGAGCCAUCUGCUCCAAAUGACUUUCCAUGCGUUCAGAAUUCUGAGUUUUGUGCUAAGGAGUUGCUCCAAAUUCUUGAUACUGCAUAUCAUAGGAUGGGUACCACACAUGAGUAUUCAAAGGACUUGCGCUCUUAUCUCAAAUAUUGCGUAGAUGUUAUUUUUGCUGGUUUGGCUCCAUCAUAUGAGGAAGGGAAGUUGAUUGAAAGACUAUGGGAUAUAUAUGAUAAGAAAGAGGAUGAAGAUCAGCAUACUGAUGAAGAGGCCAAAUUUUUUGAGCUGAAAGUAAAGAGGCCAAGGGAUGAAGAACCCACAAAUCUUUCCUCUGAAAAGGAAGCAAAAGUACAAAAGCAAAAUAUUACACAGAAAAAGGUUGGCAAUUUGUCAAAUUGUUCUACAGGCGCCAGAAAUCCUGCUAUAGAACAACUGAAGGUUAACAUGGAAGAUAAUGGCUUUCAGUACAUUCCACCAAGGGGUGAGAGAAAAAAAGCAGAUGGCUAUCUUCACUAUAGAAGACAAAAAAUAAAUGCAAAUUUCAUUUAUGUCGCACAUGCGGAUUAUUACAUAUUGCUUAGAGCUUGCGCAAAGCUCGCCCAAGUUGAUGCUCGUGUUCUCCAUAUUGGUGUGCUUAAAUUUGAGAAAAGACUUCAUUGGAUUGAGCAUAGAGCUGAUCAAAGCUUGAAUUUGUAGCAUAAAUGUUCUUCCCAGGGUGAUGAUUUGUUGUGCACUAAUUGGAGUUGACUCUAAUUGGUAUAAUUCUCAUUUAUUUUUUUCCUCCUUAUUAAUGAUUUGAUGA